AAGAAGUGUCUUCCGGGUCAACCCCCUUCAUUACAACGCUCCACUCAACCAGAAGUCCUUCCGGCUUGACCGCCAUCCCAGACAACAGAUAUGGCUAUUCGCUACCCCAUGGCUGUUGGCCUUAACAAAGGCCAUCCAGUCACUAAGAAUGUGACUGCUCCCAAACACAGCCGCCGACGCGGGCGUCUGACCAAACACAGCAAGUUUGUUCGGGACAUGAUCCGUGAAGUUUGUGGUUUUGCUCCAUAUGAGAGACGAGCCAUGGAGCUUCUGAAGGUGUCAAAGGACAAGAGAGCCCUCAAGUUUAUCAAGAAGAGGAUUGGUACUCACAUUCGGGCAAAGAGAAAGAGAGAGGAGCUGAGCAACGUACUGGCUGCCAUGAGGAAGGCUGCCGCCAAGAAAGACUAAUUUGUCUCUUAAUAAAAGUUUUCUAAACUACAAAA